UGAGCGAAUAUCUGCGAUAGUUUCCCGGUGCUCUUGUUGGGAAAUGGAUGUUUCACAAACGUCAAAUGGAUUUUCCCCCUCGUUGAUUGGACAUUAUGAACUUUUCUUAACCCAAUGAACAGACAGGAUUAUGGGCAAAUUCCAGUCCAAACUUGCUUCGAAACGUAGACAGAGUCCUGAAGGUGGUAGUUUGGCUUCUAAUGUGCUGAGCUGUCAAAGGGAGCUGGAGCGGAUCCACAUCCACAAAACCAAACUGACAGAGAACUUGUACGUAGAAUUGAGGGAAAACAAGUCAGACCGAAACUGCAACCUUAAAGUGGUUCUGCCACCAAAGACAACACCUGGAAGAGGGCACAGCAUCCACUUCCAGGUGAAUAAACAGACAAGGAAGAGGAGCGGCCAUGCUGGUGUCACAGAGUGUAACGUGGUGCUCGAUGAGGACACUCAGCAGGAGUGGGUCUUCACACUGUACAACUUUGACAACAGUGGGAAGGUCACCAAAGAGGACAUGUGCAGUCUGAUACACUCCAUGUAUGAGGUUCUAGAGGCAUCAGUCAAGCUGUCUUACGGUGGCUCUACACCCCUGAAGAUAAAGCUAGUUGUAAGUCCAGCUGCUGCAGAAAAGACCUCACAAAUAGCAGAGAGGCAGCAGAGUGCGUCUCAGGAGGCAGGAACACCAGAGAGAAGACUUUAUUGUGCGGAUGAAAACAUAGAGCGCAGAAACCACUACCUGGAUCUAGCUGGCAUUGAAAACUAUACCUCCAAGUUUGACAAUACAGAAUCUCCCUCCCAGGAGCCAAAACAGGAUUAUCACUCUGCUCUUCAGCACCACCCUGUGGUAAUCAGAGACAACUGCAGCUCUUCUGAGCCUCCCAGAGGCCUCUCUAUCCCUCAUUCCCUGAGAAAUAAGGCCAUGUCAGUGGGGAAAGACAGGAAAGGAGGAGAGGGAAAGUCCUGUAGGUUACAUGGCCAGCACCCUGCUUCAUGGUGCCUUCCUUCCCAGUGUCAACCUGCAGCACAGCGUACUCACAGCAAGAGGCUUCGCUCCAGGGCACAAGAGGCUUCCUCACACCUUAGGCCCACACCAGGGGGAGAUAAGGAACUUUUUUCCCACCUUCAGCCCUCCUGUGGCACCCUGGACUCUCCAGCCCAGAGACAUGAGCACCAUCACCACCAUGAGCACCAUCAUCAUCACCACCAUCACUACCACCCUUCAUAAAUGCAUUUUAAGCACAUAUGAGACAGAUGAGAAGAGGUGGUGUACUGAUAUAUGGGUAGUUUUGGAUUUCACCUCAUUUGCAUUAUAAGGAAUUGUUAUCUAAUACAAACAAACCCUGAAAGAUUACCUACUCUAGAUCCAGGAAGGCCAGUUCAAUGUUAACUGAAUGCUACUUUUAUAGCUUUAGAUUGACAUGUUCCUCUCAGGUUGAUCAUCACUUAAGCUUUAAAAUAAUUUUUAUGUACACUUUGUAGAGAAACAUAGCUGCAUUUUAACCUAAAACAUGAAAACUAACCACCAUUGCAUAUUAACAAUGUCUUUUCUGUUUGAAUAUGUUAAAAAAAAAUUAGAAAUAUACUGUGUCUUAAGUUUAAAAAUGUGUUUUAUUUUGAAAUGGUCACAUCUUUGCUUCCUAUAUUCAAAUUACAAUAACAUAAAGUUUUUUUUCUUGUCUUUCUUUCAUGCGUCGUUUUCUGGCCUGAAUAUGUUGUUGUAAUUGUAUUUUUCUAUAUCACUGGCAGCAUACAGACAAUAUAAUGUCACACUGAGAUACCUUCAUGUGUAUCGGAUGUCUAAAACCGCAGUAAACAUCGGGUUGUUUUUAGACUCUACAUCUGCACUAAUGUUUAUAUCAGGAGAAAUCCACCGUGAAAGAGUCAGCAAUACCCAUGUCUCCUCUGGCAGAAAGCUCAGUAGACCAUAAUGCAUUGCAAAAAUGAGACAUGUUGUUGUCAUUUCAGAGAGUUUACUGAGGCAGGUUUGGAGAAUAAUGUAU